GUGCGGAGCUGAGGUCCUCCGUAUACUCCGUACUCCGUACAUGGAGAUAGAUUCGCCUUGUCAUGAGGAUGUGAAGAAAUCGGUGAGUGAGUCACGCACUCUAUUUGCAGUUGAUCGUCGGAAGAGUAGGAUUCGUUGUAGUGUAUUCCGUACGGAAUACGUUUGCAUCUCGCAGAUCCAUGCAUCGUUGAUGAAUCCUAAACUUAAACAGCCAUGCACUUCUUGGAUUAAGUAAUUAAACGAUCAAAAUCAUAACUAUAAAAUGCCAGACAAUCACAAUAACUCAACACUCGAUGUCUUCUGCAAGUCGCUCCAACCAGAUGAUCCAUGCUCGCUAUUUCCCGCAAUGC